AUACAUAAGAAGUACAAUUUUUUUUCUUCACUGUUCUCAUUUGUUUCUCGUCUUCCUCUUGUUUAGUCGUCGUCUUUAAAACUCUCCAUUUCACUUGUCAAUUGUUUACUCACAAGUCCAUAAAUCUCCAUGGAUUUCUGGCAAAAAGCUCGGAGUUUCGCUGAAGAAGCAGCAAAGCGUACCCAUGAAUUCACUAUAGAAGCCGCUAAUCGUUCACAGGACCUAACCAUUGGUUCCUCAAAACUCUCUGACGUUGUUCUAGAAGCAUCCAAACGAUCCAAAGAAUUCGCUGCUGAGGCAUCUAAGAGAUCCAAAGAAAUUGCCGUUGAGGCUUCCAAACGAUCUAAAGAAAUUGCUGUUGAAGCUUCUAAACGCGCCGAUGUUAUUGUUUCCGAAGCUUCUAAACGAGCCGAUCAGAUCAAAGUUGAUGCGCUCAAACGCGCUGAACAGAUCAAGUUUCAAAUUCCUUCUUCUGCGCUUUCUCACAUUGUAGAUUCUUCGCCAUCUCCGACGACUCAAACGGCAUUGCCUGCACCUACGCCUGCCGAUCUCCUGAAAUUUGGAGUUACCGAUGACUUGAGAGAAUUCGUUAAGGGGAUUACCAUUAAUACGUUUCAGGAUUUUCCACUUGAAGAUGAUUCAGUGAUCUCUGAUAUUCCUACAGUCUCAAAUGUUCGGCAGGAUCUUACAGAAUUUCAGGAAAAACACGCAAAGUUUGUUCUUUCAUCUGUCAAGGAAAUUUCAAAGCUAAGAUAUGAGUUAUGCCCACGGAUAAUGAAGGAAAGGAAGUUCUGGAGAAUCUACUUUAUUUUAGUUAACAGUCAUGUGGCCCCGUAUGAAAAGAAAUACACGGAAGAGGCCAAGGCCGAAAUAAUAUCUGUUGAAAAGGCUCAAGUUGAGAGUGAAAAGGAGGUUUCUUUAGCUGGAACAAUUUGUAAACCAGUGACUGAGGCAACUGCCCAGAAAAAUAAGAAGGCAACCUCAUCAACAUCAGACCAGGAUUUGGAUGUUUUUCUCCUUGGAGAAGACAGUGAUGAUGGACCAGAUGAUGGGGAUGAUGCCUUUGAUGAUGAUUUUGAUAAGAUAUAGAUUGGUUGGAAGGGGUGAGUUUCCGCCAGUCAAGGUCUUACGAUUCUAGAGUGGGUUGUAGCACUUGUUUAUGUGGUAGGUCUGCUAACUUGGACGAGUCUGCAGGAAGCUCUCAACAUUGAAAGUCUGCAUAGCAAUGGCUGCCUUGCGCUCAGGAAGCUUGGGGAUGAAGUCCUUCUGGAUGAGUUAUAUUCCUAUGGAGUAGCAUGAUGAAGCCAGCUACAUCAAUUAGUCAAUGCUCACCAUAUUCCACUCCCUCUAUUCUUCCACAGUGGGUUGUUGCAUUUUAUUGUUAUUUAUUCUGUGAUGUAUUCUUUACGUACUGGAAAUACAGAAAAAAGGUGGAAAAUGGAGGUCAAAUAGUAUAUGAUGGUAUUUGGAGCUGUAAAUUAGAGUUGUUUUUAUUGUGUUUAUGCUGUAUUAGCAACAAUUAUUCAUUAGAUAUCUACUUUUAUAUAGUGAUAGUGAACAACAGUAGAUUCGAGAUGCUAUGUUUUCUAUAUGUCUAAUUGCUUUUAUCAA